AUGAAUCGAGUCGCCGUUCGAGCAAUUCGGACGACGUCUCUCUCUGCCGUCCGCACCCUCUCCCAUACGCCGCGCCGAGGCUUCUCCAUCUCGUCGCUCUCGCUCGCCCAGGCCAGGUCCACCGCCAGCGCCCACGCUCGUCGCGCCCGUCGCAACCCAGCAAAUACCACGCCGUUGAGGUCCUCCAUGUACUUCCGCCGUCUGCCCCUCGCUCUCGUAUCCAGUCUCGUCGUUGGGUACGGUGCAUGGUACUCCUACAACGGCUCUAACACUGCACCAAGUUCGGCCACCGUCUCCAGGAACGUCCUCACUUCGACUCAGACAGCUGAUGCGCUGCCCACCCGAACCGUUCUCGUAGUGGGCGCCGACGAGCUCCGACAGGGUACUAUUGUUGGCGAGGGUCCUAUUUCCAAGGCCACCCGUGACGACGGUCGUCGCAUCGUCGAGAUGCUCACCCCGGAGCAGGCCACCGAUAAGCUGCGACGUCUUGAGCAGUCCUUCUCUGUCAACCGUGGUCACGGUGUCACCCGCUACGACGUGGUUCAGCUACCCAGCAACGACCCUAUUGAGGACGACCAUGCCGAGAAGAUCGUGGAGGUUCCCAACAGGUCCGCAGGUCCUGAGACUGACAGCAGUGACUGGAUGUUCUGGGGUGUCUUUGAUGGUCACUCAGGAUGGACUACGUCGGCGACUCUGAGAGAAAGCCUGAUCAACUAUGUUGCGCGGGAGCUCAAUGACACGUAUAAGAAGGCUGCUGGAGACCUUCCCUCGGAGGAUGCUGUUAGCCUGGCCAUCAAGACUGGUUUCACCCGCCUGGAUAACGAGAUCGUUCACAAGAGCGUCGAGAAAGUUUUCAAGGCUAGUUCCAAGACCGUCGCCGCUGAAUUAUUGCAACCUGCACUGUCCGGAUCGUGCGCCUUGCUUUCGUUCUACGACAGCCGCAGCAACCUUCUUCGGGUUGCUUGCACUGGUGAUUCCCGAGCCGUCUUGGGUCGUCGGUCAGAUAAUGGAAAGUGGACUGCCACGGCUCUGUCGGAGGACCAGACCGGCAGCAACCCCGAAGAGGUUGCUCGCAUGCGCAAGGAGCACCCUGGAGAGGAAAACGUGAUCCGCAAUGGCCGUGUCCUCGGUGGCCUUGAGCCCUCGCGUGCCUUUGGUGAUGCCGUCUACAAGUGGAGCAGAGAUGUGGCCUGGAAGUUGCGUGAGAACUUCUUUGGACGUAGUCCGUCGCCUCUUCUGAAGACUCCCCCUUAUGUCACGGCCGAGCCUAUCGUCACCACCACCAAGGUUAAUCCCGAAAAGGGCGACUUCCUCGUCUUGGCCACCGAUGGUCUCUGGGAGAUGCUGACCAACGAGGAGGUUGUUGGUCUUGUGGGCAAGUGGAUUGAGACCCAGGGACAGUCUUCAUCCAACACUCAGUUCGACGCUGCUUGGAACAAGAUCUUUGGCUCAUCAAAGGCCCCGCUACCCGUUGAGGAGAGCAAGACCGCAGGCCCCGACGGAAACAAGACGCCGAUACGCCUCCAGCAGUGGGGUAUCGACCCUGAUGCCAAGGAUCGGUUUGUGGUCAAGGACAAGAACGUGGCAACGCAUCUUAUCAGGAAUGCCCUUGGCGGUACCAACGAUGAGCAGGUCUGUGCCUUGCUCACAUUGCCUUCUCCUUUCUCACGACGAUAUCGUGACGACCUGACUGUUCAGGUCAUCUUCUUUGGCCACGGCGAGAAGACGGGCGAGGUUACCGUGAACCUGGACGCAUCUACUGGCGAGAGUAUGCGAGCGAAGUUGUAG